AUGAGAGCUGAUGACGCCACUUUUGGGGAUCCCUACUGUAUUUUCCCGCGUGUCGAGACGCUGAAUGGCUGGUCUUCCAAGGGGGGGCAAAAUGCGGCUGGCUUUGACUCUGGGCUUGCGCACCUCAUCCUGAACAAGCUGUGGAGGAUCGACCCUUCUGUGCUUGUUCCCGAGUACGACUUCGGACCCUCUCGGUGCGCCACGCGAUCGCAAACUAAGCUAUCGGCUCUUGGGAAGUCGUCGCCUCUCUUCUCCCCUUUUGGAUUCAGGGGUGUUGUUGUGCAGCGUCCGGGGCCGUGA